UUGGAUGAAUGAGAAGAGGAGGAGGAGGCGGAGGAGGCUUCUUAAGGAGUCUCCUCAACCGGGAGCCUCACUUGGUCGCCGCUCGUUCACUCGUCUUCUCCUGACCUUCACGACCUUCGACCUCCCGCCCUCUGCGCCCAGCAGCACCACGCGUGGUAGUGCCCCCUGCCUGCAGCCAUGUGCGACGAUGAGGAGAGCACCGCCCUGGUGUGUGACAACGGAUCGGGACUUUGCAAGGCGGGAUUCGCCGGAGACGACGCGCCCAGGGCUGUCUUCCCGUCCAUCGUGGGCCGGCCCAGGCACCAGGGCGUGAUGGUGGGCAUGGGCCAGAAGGACAGCUACGUGGGCGACGAGGCUCAGAGCAAGAGAGGAAUCCUCACCCUCAAGUACCCCAUUGAGCAUGGUAUCAUCACCAACUGGGACGACAUGGAGAAGAUCUGGCAUCACUCGUUCUACAAUGAGCUGCGAGUGGCCCCCGAGGAGCACCCCACCCUCCUGACCGAAGCGCCGCUCAACCCCAAGGCCAACCGGGAGAAGAUGACACAGAUCAUGUUUGAGACGUUCAACGUUCCUGCCAUGUAUGUGGCCAUCCAGGCCGUCCUGUCCCUCUACGCCUCCGGACGCACUACAGGCAUCGUUUUGGACUCCGGGGACGGCGUGACCCACAACGUUCCCAUCUACGAAGGUUACGCUCUGCCUCACGCCAUCAUGCGUUUGGACCUGGCUGGACGUGACCUCACCGACUACCUCAUGAAGAUCCUGACCGAACGCGGCUACAGCUUCGUCACUACCGCCGAGCGUGAGAUCGUGCGCGACAUCAAGGAGAAGUUGUGUUACGUGGCUCUGGACUUUGAGAACGAGAUGGGCACGGCGGCCACGUCGUCCUCACUGGAGAAAAGUUACGAGCUCCCAGACGGGCAGGUCAUCACUAUCGGCAACGAGCGCUUCCGAUGUCCCGAGACUUUGUUCCAGCCGUCCUUCAUCGGCAUGGAGUCGGCCGGCAUCCACGAGACCACCUACAACAGCAUCAUGAAGUGCGACAUCGACAUACGCAAGGACCUGUACGCCAACAACGUGCUAUCGGGAGGCACCACCAUGUACCCCGGGAUCGCCGACCGCAUGCAGAAGGAGAUCACUGCCCUCGCGCCCAGCACCAUGAAGAUCAAGAUCAUUGCCCCCCCGGAGAGGAAGUACUCAGUGUGGAUUGGCGGCUCCAUCCUGGCGUCACUGUCCACCUUCCAGCAGAUGUGGAUCAGCAAGCAGGAGUACGACGAGGCCGGCCCUUCCAUCGUCCACCGCAAGUGCUUCUAGGCAGCCCACGUGCAAACCAGCCAGCCGCUUUUCGCUAACAUGCUUACGUCUGGACAACCUCCCAGAAGCACCGCCUCCAUCUUGUUACUUUCUUUUCCCUUUGGUUUUUAAAAAAUGUUGGAUGAAAAAAAGAUUGACUGCCGCCACAGGGGCGUGGCCUCAAAGUAAGAGAAGGCAAAUAAAAAGCAAACCAUAAACAA